GAAGUCUUGGAUGGCAACAAAGUUACGGAUUACAUGUCCAUUACUGGCCAUAUUCAUACACCUUUUGUCAACUCUGUCUCUCCCCCCCCUCGACUUCUCUCCUUCCCACUUCUUGUCGCUCUCUAAUUACGGUCCUAAUCACGCCUACAUUGGCCCAAAUACACCGUCAACUGAUUCUUUUCCCGCCACCAAUUGAGCUUUGCAAACCCAAGUUAACAGCCUGGCCACAGCGGCCGCGGCGCAUACCAUCAUGAGGUUACUCAAGACCAUUCUGCUGCCACUUUUGGCCCUGGCACAGGUUGCGUUUUGCGCCGAGGACUAUUACAAGGUCCUCGGCCUUAACAAACAAGCAUCGGAGAGGCAGAUCAAGUCAGCCUACAGGCAACUAAGCAAGAAAUACCACCCCGACAAGAACCCCAACGACCCAACAGCCCACGACAAGUUCGUCCUCGUCGCCGAAGCCUACGAGGCGCUCUCCGACACCGAGUCGCGCCAGAUCUACGACCAGUACGGGUACGAGGGGCUCAAGCAGCGGCGGCAGCAGCAAGGGGGCGGGGGCGGGGGCGGGCACGACCCGUUCGACCUGUUCAGCCGCUUCUUCGGCGGGGGCGGGCACUACGGCAGCCAACCCGGCCAGCGGCGCGGCCACAACGUCGAGGUGAAGGUGCCCGUGUCGCUGCGCGACUUCUACAACGGCCGCACCACCGAGUUCCAGUGGAACAAGCAGGAGAUCUGCGACGAGUGCGAGGGCACGGGCGCCGCCGACCGCGUCGUCCACGCCUGCCAGACCUGCGGCGGGCGCGGCGUGCGCACCGUCCGCCAGCAGCUCGCCCCCGGGAUGGUCACGCAGGUGCAGAUGCAGUGCGACGCCUGCGGCGGGCGCGGCAAGAGCAUCAAGCACCGCUGCAAGGCCUGCGGCGGGGAGCGGGUGGUGCGGCGGCCGGCGACGGUGUCGCUGACGGUGCAGCGCGGCAUGGCGGACGGGGUGCGGAUCGCGUACGAGAACGAGGCGGACGCGAGCCCGGACUACGUGGCGGGCGACCUGAUCGUGCAGGUGGUGGAGAAGGAGCCCGAGCUGGAGGGGGACGACAACCCGGACCGCGUCGACGGCGUCUUCUUCCGCCGCAAGGAGGACGACCUCUUCUGGCGCGAGGUGCUGUCGCUGCGCGAGGCGCUGAUGGGCGACUGGACCCGCAACGUCACCCACCUGGACGGGCACGUCGUGCGGCUCGGCCGCGAGCGCGGCGCGGUGGUGCAGCCGAACCACGUCGAGACGGUGCCCGGGGAGGGCAUGCCCAAGUGGCACGAGGACGGCGACAGCGUGUACCACAAGACCGAGUUUGGGAAUCUGUACGUCGAGUACACCGUCGUGCUGCCGGACCAGAUGGAGAGCGGCAUGGAGAAGGAGCUGUGGGCGCUGUUCCAGAAGUGGCGCGCGAAGAAGGGCGUCGAUCUGCACCAGGACAGCGGGAGGCCCGACAAGCCGGUUAUGCAUGACGAGGAGCACGAUGAGUUAUAGAGCGGUCGGGUUAUGUACGUUAGAACCAUAUACCACGGUAGUUGCACAUGACCCCAUUUUUGGGUAUAGAGUAUCAUGUCCA